GGUUUCUGUUCAAGCUCAAGAUGGAUGAUAUUAUGGUGAAUCUCAAGACCUUUCACCCAGAGUAUAGAGCAGGGACAAAUGAGCCCCUGAUGAGCCUGAGAUGCCGUGCCAAAGGGCUGACAGUGAAUGCCUGUGCCCACGCACUCUUCUUCUGCAAACUGCUCCAGGCCACCAGGAAGAAAGAGGAGAGUUGUGCAGGCACACCUGCUUGCACACUCGCUUCUCCCCCAGGAUCGAAAGGCAGCCAAAGUCUGAACAUUGGAAUUAUUGGUGGAGGCCAUAUUGGGAAACAGCUGGUGAGGACACUGCAGCAUCUGGGUGGCAUUUCAGGAAAGAACAUUCAGAUCUCCACAAGGCGGCCAGAAACUCUGUCGGAAUUCCAGAUGUUGGGAGUUGACUGCUUUUACAACAAUAGGAAGCUAGUAAGCUGGGCAGAUGCUGUAUUUCUCUGCUGUCUUCCGUCUCACCUCCCACAAAUCUGCUCAGAAGUCCAGGACGCACUUAAAAAAUGUUCCAUUGUUUACAGCCUAGUCACAGCUAUCCCUCUUCCCAGGCUGAAGCAACUUCUUUCCUGCAAUGCCAUCUUGAGGCCACAGUACAAGUUCACAGAGAGUGGACUCUUUCAAAUGUGGGAGGCUAGCAGGACGGUUGUGGAAGCCCUUAAAGACCCAGCUGUUAUCCAAGCCACAUGUCCCUGUAGCCCUAAAGAGGAAAUUGUUGUCAAUGUGAAGUGGUUGGCAGCUGUUUUCUAUGCGGCUCUAAAUAGCUACACACGGCAGCAUUUGCCCUACAUGAGAGCCCUCCUCUUUCUCAAUCAAGUGUGUUUUCUUGAGGAUGCUGCCCCUGCCUCUGUAGAAGAUAAAUCAGAAUCACCAGUGCUUGUUUGUGAAAACUUUAUCAACCCAGCCUUUGCUUCCUCCCUGACAAAUACUGAUACCUUCCCAUGGUUUGACCUGACAACUGUACAGCUAAAGGACUCGCCUCUUAGCCAGCUUCUUGCAACAAGUACAUCUUUCCAGAAUAGCAUUGCUUCUUUGUACUGUAAAAUGAUUGCAGCAUUGCCCACUGAAGAAUCCAUGAAAAUAACCCUUAAGACAUCUCUUUCAGCAGUGCUACUGGAUCCUACCAAAACUUUGAUUCAUGGCAUGGACAGGACUUGCGUAAGCAAAGUAGAAGAGGGAUCUAGUACUGAUUCUGAAUCUGAAGAGACAUAA